AUGAAAGAAGAGGCCAAGUUAAUGGCAGAAAGCUGGUCUUUCUUGGAUACUGUUGAGUGUAACUUCAGGCCUCUGGUGGUAAUUGAACUUGCAAAAGGCACCAAAGAGGAAACCAUAAAAUGGUUCACUAAACGAAUUGUGGACAAAAAAGCAAAUGGAGGUGCACAACUGCUGAUUAAACCAUUGGUCACAGAAAAUGGAGAUGAAAAUAUUUAUCUAGUUGGAGCUUCCCACUUAAGGCUGCUGCUGGGUGCUGAAACUGUGGGUUUGGUGAAGGAAUGUAAUGAUAACUCAAUGAGAACUUUUACAUACAGCAGUAGGAAAACUUUCAAAGAUUUUGAAGAUGACAAUCAUGAUUUCCUUACAAUGGCAGAAUGUCAGUACAUAAUCAAACAUGAACUUGAAAAUUUGAGAGCUAAAGAUGAAAAAAUGAUCCCUGGAUAUCCUCAGGCAAAGCUGUACCCAGGAAAAUCAAUUGUGAGAAGAUUAUUGACCAGUGGAAUUCUAGUUCAGAUUUUCCCACUGCAUGAUAGGGAAGAGUUGAAAAAGCUCCGUCACAGCUGGUAUGGCCGAGUGAAAGUUGGUUAUCAACCUUUAGAUGACAUACGCUGCUACUUUGGUGAAACCAUUGCUCUCUACUUCGGCUUCUUAGAGUACUUCACAUUUGCUUUGAUUCCAAUGGCUAUCAUUGGGAUUCCUUAUUAUGUAUUUGCAUGGGAAGAUUAUGACAAAUACGUGAUGUUCGCCACAUUCAAUCUACUCUGGUCAACUGUGAUCCUGGAAGUUUGGAAGCGGAUUUGCGCCAUCCUGACAUACCGCUGGGGGACACUGCUGAUGAAACGACAGUUUGAAGAGCCAAGAUCAGGCUUCCAUGGUGUCCUGGGUAUCAAUCCCGUAACUGGGAGGGAGGAACCAGUGUACUCAAGUCUUAAGAGACAGCUACGGAUUUAUCUGGUGUCCUUACCAUUUGUGUGCCUUUGCCUCUACUUCUCACUGUACGUGAUGAUGAUUUACUUUGACUUGGAACAGUGGGCUCUGGAUUACCAUAGAGAGAAUGAGUCUAACUUCAGCAGCUUGAUGCUGUAUGUGCCCAGUAUCAUAUAUGCUGUCGUGAUUGAAAUUAUGAACCGUAUCUAUCGGUAUGCUGCUGAAUUCUUAACAUCCUGGGAAAAUCAUAGGCUGGAAUCUUCAUAUCAGAACCAUUUAAUUCUGAAGGUUUUAGUGUUCAACUUCUUGAAUUGUUUUGCAUCUCUCUUCUACAUUGCCUUUGUGCUGUUUGAUAUGAAGCUUUUGAGGCAGAGCUUGGCCACCUUGCUGAUAACUUCGCAGAUCCUCAAUCAGUUUGCAGAAUCCUUGCUUCCUUACUGGCUCCAAAAGAGACAUAACAAGAGGAUGAAGAAACGCAUGUGUUCUCAGAAAACUGAUACAGACCUGUCCUUAGCUGAACAAGUCAACAUGGAGAAAGAAAUGGGGACCUAUUUGGGUACUUUUGAUGAUUACCUGGAGUUGUUCUUACAGUUUGGCUAUGUGAGUCUUUUCUCAUGUGUUUAUCCAUUGGCAGCUGUCUUUGCAGUGUUAAACAACGUCACAGAGAUAUACUCUGAUGCCUUAAAGAUGUGCAGAGUGUACAAGCGUCCAUUUGCAGAACCCACAGCAAACAUUGGUGUUUGGCAGUUGGCUUUUGAAACUAUGAGUGUAAUAUCAGUUGUUACGAACUGCAUACUGAUUGGAAUGUCUCCACAAGUGGAUGCCAUUUUCCCGGACUCAAAAAUGGACCUUGUUCUGACUGUGGCAUUGGUAGAGCACUUGCUACUAGCAAUAAAGUUUAUCAUGGCGUUUGUAAUUCCGGAUAAACCAAGAGAUAUCCAGAUAAAACUAGCCAAAUUGGAAUUUGAAUCUUUAGAGGCUCUGAAACAACAGGAAGCAGAACGUGAACCCCUGGCUAGGCUCGCUGGUGAGGAUACCCCAACAACUCAGGCUCUCUCAAGUCUUGCACUAACCAAAAGAGCUGCUGUGAGCCGCAGACAUCCCGAGCAAGCGCAAGGCCGUUCUUUGGUGCUCUGCUCCCUCCGUGGCAGACAUGAAACUCGCUGUAUUUGA